AUGGUCUCACAUGUUCUCAAAACUCGCAGUGGACAUGUACUCACUCGCAACACCAUUUUGAAAAUGGAUCAUUUUCCAAGAGGCAUGAAUACAAAACUCGAUUUUCAUUUGCAGGGUGCACCAAACUUUCGUGUGGCAGGUUUGAAUGUCUACGGUGUUGCUCAACCCACGGUUAUCGGUUUAUCCAGUAUCUUGGCUUUAUUGAAUUGCCAUCCCAAGAGUUUAACACAGUCAUCCUGUACUUGGUAUGUGUUUUUGACACGGGAGGAACCAUUGGUUUACUUAAAUGGUUACCCUUACGUUUUGCGUGACUAUGCGGACCCCAUGCAGAAUAUGGGGGCGUUUUUGGGUAUCAAUUCGGUCCGUUUAGAAAAGGUGGAGGAGCGCUUGAAAGCCGACGUACUGAAGGAAGCUUCCAGUAUGGGUGGCUUGCUCCUGGUCCAUCAAGAAUUAUCCGAUGGAACAGUGGUGCCUUGCUAUAUUGCAGCUGAUACCGUGCAAACACCACGCGAAGUAUUCCGAGUCUUCCAAGCUGAAGGAUAUCGUCUCAAGUUUUUCCGUAUUCCCAUUUCGCCUGAACAAGCUCCCGAAGACAACUAUUUUGAUGAAUACGUGCGAGUGAUUAAAUCCUUGGAUCCCACCGAUUCCCUGAUUUUCAACUGUGGCAUGGGUGGCGUGCGAACGACGGUUGGCAUUAUCAUUGCUCAAAUUAUUCGACGUACCCAGUUGAUCGAAAGAGGCUGUGCCGACCCGUUCCCGAUACCCGGAUAUAAUUCCACUGCCUUGAUUUUGGAUGAAAACAGUGAAGAGGCCCAGUUGGCUAUUUCGCCUGAACUCAUGAAAGGCAUGGAAGAAGCGGAUAUUGCAAGUCAUCAGAACCAUGCUUUACUACGAUUAGUCUAUGUAUUGGAGAAAGGGUUAAACUCCAAGAUGUCACCUCGUUCAGCCAUUGAGUGGACGUUGGAACGCAGCGUGAUGAUUGAAAAUUUGAAGGAAGCGAUUAUGGGCAAUUAUCAAGCUAUUGUUGCAUUAACGUCUGUGCUUGACAGCGGUAUCUAUAGCAAGAAGAUGCUAGAUGAAGUCAUUGACCGAUCUGAUGCGGUCGUCAAUCUGCGUGAGGAUAUUCUCAUGUACCGCAUUCGACAUACAACCGAGCCGUCUUCUGGAUACGAGGGAUCGAACAAUGUUUACUUGGAAAAGGCACUGAAUGGCCUCCAGCGCUACUUUUUCCUUUUAUGUUUUACAGCGUACAUCAACGAGUCGCCGGAUACUCGCUUCGAGACCCGUUUCUCUUCGUGGGUGAAAUCGCGUACAGAAAUAUGGACCAUGUUACAACACAUGCGUCGCAAAGGACCUCAGCUCUAUCUGUUCCGUCCCGUGGACGAUCUGCGCAACUUGAGCACCCAUGGUCCGCUCGAGACUCGAUGGAGUCGUCACGGCGCCCUUGGAUUUGGUCGCGGCAUGUUUGAGAUGGUCGGAGCCGGAGCUCAAACAGGUAUUGUUCCAAAUGAAGUGGAACAAUUCAUUCUCAAGGCACGUACAGGCAUUGUAUUGACGUCGCAAACCAUUUUGAAAAUGGACUUUUGGCGUCGAAGCCAUGCUCAAAUGCAUCACACCUUCUUUGUCGAAGGUGCAUCGAAUUUCCGUCGUAUCAAGCAUACUCACGUCUACGGCGUAGCUCAGCCUACAGUGGACGGAUUGCGCCAAGUGUUGCGUCGAUUGUUGACCGAUCGGCCGCAAAAUGAAAAAGUAUUGUGGAUCAAUUUACGUGAAGAACCCAUCAUUUACAUUAACGGUAUUCCGUACGUGCUUCGUGACCGGUACUUUACCUUGCGCAACAUUCGCGUGUACAAGGGAAUCACGGGUGCGCGCCUGGAACAGCUGGAGGAGCGACUCAAAGAAGACGUUAUUCGUGAAGUGAUGAAUUAUGACGGCCGAAUUCUGUUGCACGGUGAGAAUACCGAAGGCGAUGUCCAGCCAGUGUGGGAAGAAGUGGACGUGGAAGAUAUCCUCACCGUUCGGGAAGUCAUGGAGAUGGUGGCUCAAGAGGUAUCCGACGAUUUGUCGCAGGAUAACCAUCAUCAACAAGACGAUAUUUUACUUGAUUACCAUCGUGUCCCUCUGACCGCUGAAAAGCCGCCGCAGUGGGCUGAUUUCGAUGAAUUACGCCACCUUAUUGGCAAUGUCGACCUGUCAAAGACGGCUCUCAUUCUUAACUGUCAAAUUGGUCUGGGACGCUCCACUAUUGGUAAUGUGAUGAUGAAUAUUAUAUACAGUACGGUGAUUGCAACAUUAUUGACCAAUUGGAUGCGUCAUUCGGAUCCCUCGCGACAUUCCAAGGCACCUGAGAGCGACAAGACGGUGUCCACGACCAAAAUCAACUACCAAAUUAUCAACAGUCUGCUGAGAGUCAUCAAAAAUGGUUUGGAGACCAAGAGUAUGGUGGAUCAAGCCAUCGACCAGUGUGGAGCUUAUUUGAACUUACGCGAAAUGAUCGAGUCGGCCCACAUCCAAGCAGAUAAUGAAACGGACGAUAAAAAGCGAAAGCGAGCUCUCAAACGUGGUAUUGCUGCUCUUGAGCGGUACUUCCUCUUGAUUUGUUUCCAAGCGUACCUGAACAGCACUUCGCCCGAAACCAUGGAUGAGACCGAAUCAUUUGAACGAUGGAUGAAGCGUCAUCAGGAAAUGGAAUGCAUUUUGCUUAUGUUCCAUGCUGACGACGAAAGUUUAUUGGUGCCGGUAGAAAAGUCGGUGGGUGACGGUGUGGCCCUGUCGAGUGAAGUGAUGCGUGUUGUGAGUGCGCGACGUGGUCAAGUGUUGGCACAGCAAACCAUCUUGAAGCACGAUGCCUUCCCCGGUUGUCAAAAGAUGAGCCUGAAGGAGAAAAUCGAGGGCGCCUACAAUUACCGUCGCGUUGAAGUGAAGAAGGUGAAAAAUACGGUCAAGGUCGCUGGCUUGUCAGCCAACCUGAGCGGUUUAGCCGCCGAUAUGGAACGAGGUGACGAUGAUGUUCCAGUGCCUCCAUUUAUUUGCGGAUGUGCCAUGCCAUCGAAAGACGCUAUCAAGGCGGUGCUAAAGACAAUGAACGCCGGACCCGGUGGUAAACGCAAGGUGCUAUGGACUUGUCUUCGUGAAGAGCCCGUGUUAUAUGUCAACAAGCAGCCGUACGUGUUGCGUCUUUUCCAAGAUCCACUCAAAAACCUGGAAACCACCGGUAUUGCAAAAGAACGAGUGGAAAGCAUGGAACAUCGUAUGAAGCUCGAUGCUUUGGAAGAAUUGGAAGAAUACGAAGGACGUCUGUUAUUACACGAUGAAGAAGUCACGGACAAAGGCGGGUUUACAUUACUGCCCAUGUGGGAAACUGUGCCUGUUGAAUGCGUCGAGACACCUAGUGAAGUGUUCCAGUCGAUUAUCGACGAAGGUUAUAUGGUGGAUUAUCUUCGUAUUCCCAUUACGGAUGAGCAAGCGCCAAUUCCCGACGUAUUCGAUCAACUGAUUCAACGUACUCUGAACGCCAAUGCAGGCGUGGAUGUCGUUUUCAACUGUCAAAUGGGACGAGGACGAACGACCACUGGUAUGGUCACUGCUUGUUUGAUGUCGAUGGUAUUGAAGAAUGAUACGAUCACGGACAUGACUGGCUCAUUCAUCAUUGAAAGCCCGGAAUCGACCAGAGCUGACAGCAGCAUGGGAGACCGAGAAAUUGAUGAGUCCCACGAACAGCGUCUGCGUUACGAGAAUGGCGAAUACAGAAUUAUUCUGCAACUGAUUAGUGUGUUGACGUAUGGCAAAUUAGCCAAGCAAUUGACGGAUCAAGCCAUCAAUAUGUGCGAUCAUAUGCAAAACUUACGAAAAGCGAUUUAUGAUUACAAACUGCGAGCGGAGAGCCAAGACCACGGAUCCAAAAAGUGGCGUGCCACACGAGAAGUCGCGCUAAAUUACUUGGUGCGAUACUUUUACCUGAUUGUGUUUGGCAAUUACUUGCUGGAAGAAAUCGGGCAUGCGGAAUCAUCGGCCGAAGAUAUUGUCAGCUUAGAGUCUCAUACGGAGAAUGACGAUGAUGAAAGUAUUGUAGGAGAAGAAGCUCGUAAAAUGACGACGUUCAAAGAAUGGCUCAAAGGACGACGAGAAAUCACCAAUCUUAUCAAAUUACAAUCUCUCGAAUUAUCAUAG